GAACAAAGAGAUAUUUUUGCUCACCGUGCCAGGGCGGGGGCGGAGGCGGAAGAUCGCUAUUCGGAAUUACGAAAAGGUAUCUCUACAACAAGAUUUGACGUCUGCCUGGUCUAUUGUUAAAAAGCAGAGCUAAAAAAACAUGAAACAAUUACGUCACGUUGGAUUUAUGGACAUUGCUUUUAUCGGAAUGUUCUGUAUCGUAGUCGUGAAAGCAACAGGUCAAGAUGAGAUUACACCGACGAUAUUUCCAUUGGACAACGAAACAUAUAAUGAAUAUUUUAUAAAAAUGAAUGAUAAUGGUUGCAAAUGCAUUCAAUAUAAUUGUGGAUGCUGUCAGCUUUUAAUAUGGGAUGCAGUCUCUUUGGAUGGAAAACUUUGCGUAAAUGCAAGUUAUUUAGAGAAGGAUUAUGGGAUUUCACUCACAGUGACAUACAACAACUUUGCAAUUAUUAACGAGACAAUUUCAGCUCGUAACCCACCACCUAUUUGUUUUGGAGAGGAUAUUAUAGAUGCAGUGGAUGUUGAAAUUUGCUUGCAUGUCUAUGAUAUAAACAUUGAUGGAGACAAGUUUCACGUUUGUUUCGAGAUUUAUGGAAAAAUAAUGAAACUCCCUAUCACUAAAAUAAAAUUAGGUUGUCUCCAGACUAAACUGCAUGAUAAGAUGGAGUAUAUUGAAAACAAUUGGUCAAAAUUGUUUCUUAAAAAAACGAAAAAUGAUUUACCCAUUGUGACUAGGGUAUGA